GUUCCGUCGAGGGAGACUUCAUGGCAACCGAGACGGCGAGUUCCGCCACCCCAACGUACAAGAGCACUCUGGUCGAGCUCCAAGAUCAGCUGCAUGGUGUCAUGAAACGAGGCACGCAGGCCCAAGUCGCCAGAGCACACAACCACCUGGCCCACCAUUACGUCGCUGGUCGGGAGUUUGAGUUGGCCAUCGAACAGUUUGAGCGAGAGCUCGACAUUCGCAAAGAAGCAGGGGAGCCUGUCGCCCAGGAAGCGUGCUUCAACAACAUCGGCAGCAUGGCUAAUUCAAGAGCCAUGAACCUCGCCCGUGUCAACUUGGCAUUGGCUCAUCAACGGUCCAAGCAAUUUGUACAAUCGGGCCAAUUCGCAGCGUUGGUCGUCGAUGCAAAGGUCGUCAAGUCUUUGUCGGCCUUCCUACUGAUUGAUGCGCCGCAGGAGCCAGAUACGGCCAUCCUCAUUCCCGCCCUGACGAUACUUGCAACAUCUGAACAAGGUAGCAAGCAGCUACCCAAAGCCAUCGAGCAUGCCACAGCCGCCCUGGCACUAGCCGAAGCGCGUUGCGAUAAUAAACUCGUGGAAUGCUGCCUCAACAACCUCGCGGCAUUCGUGUUUGAGGCCAAGAACUUUGACGUGGGGCUCACACUCUUCGAGCGGUGUCUAUCCGUGGCGUCGACUGCGAAACAUCAAGCCAUCGCACUGUACCACAUGGGCGUCUGCUCUGCGGAACGGAACGAAAUCUCCAUUGCAGAAGAGCAUUUCACGCGGGCUAUUGAAGUGGCCAACAGUUGCAGCGCGCCGGCGCUCGCUGCCCUGGCUCAAGGAUGCCGGGGGAUGCUCAACUUUUCGAGAGAAAACCUCUACGACGCGCAUGCAGAUCUCAUCCUAGCACUACAAACGGCGCGGUUUGCCCGAAGUCCUGUCGCCGAAAGCCACAUCGCAACCCAGCUUGGCACUGUCCACGUCAUGGAGUCGAAGUUUGACGAGUCGGCGGCGCAUUUUGAGGCAGAUUUGGCCAUUGCUACAACACAGGACGACAAGUACGGGCAGUUGCGAGCCCAUUGUAAUCUCGGGGUGAACUACCUCCUCUCCGGCGAUUCCAGCCACGCAAUGCAUCAUUUUCGAACCAACUUGAAAAUAGCGACGGUGCUGGGCGACAAGAAAGAGCAAGCGCUCGCGUAUUUUGCCAUGGGAACCGCGGCGACCGAAAUGAAGCGCCGCGGCAUCUCGAUCGAGUCGACGGAUGAGCCACUGCAGCUCUUCCUACGGCAGAAAAAGUACGCUGGCGAAGCUGGCGACCGACGCUUGGAGGCACUCGCGAGCAAAGCGAUGGUGAACGUACACGACAAACAGGGCGCGUACGAGAAGGCUCUCGCGGAAUGUGAACACCUCAUGGCGGCGGCCAAUUCCGUCGGCGAUGUCUCUCUCAUGGCAGAGAGCUACUCGACGAUGGCAAGUCUGCUGUCGUCGCAGCUGACACUCCUCAUCCAGCGCGGAGGGAGUCGGUUCCAAGACACGGUCAACCAACUCACCCACAAACGCGACGACGUGUGCGCCAAGUACAAAGCUCUUUACGACACGGGCAAACUUCAUGCCACGGUGCAUCGGCACCCUGUCGAUCGUGUCGUGCACGUGCCGAUCGAAUGA